UUUUCCAAAAAAACUUCAAUUUAUAGUCACAAUUACAAUUUAAAACACCUAUAGUGGAAACAAAAAAUUAUGAACAGAGACUACACAAACUACAGCGGCCACGCCAGCCAGUCACCCGAGCCCCGCGAGCAUCACCCAGGUUCAGGCUACGUCUCUCCGAACACACGCCAGGUGCCCUCAAUGCAGCGCAAUUACGGAAACGCCUACGCCUCGGGAAACUACGGCGUGGCUAACGGCAGUCUGCGAAGCACACGCACCUCAGUCAGCAGUGGGCAGGCAUACGGGCGCAGCGACCAGCCCAUUCCACGGCCACCGCAGGGCUCCCUAAGACGCGCUCACCUUGGCGCCUUCGAAGACAACGCAUACGCGGCCCAGCACCUGCAGCCCUACAUUCCGGAUGCCAGCGAGAGGCGAACACCGGACCUUUACGCACAGAAUGAUGCAUACCGCCGGUCCGGGCAGCUAGAGGGCGCACGUGCCACGCCGCCGCCGCCGUUACCGCCUAUUGUGACGUCGUAUCCGGAAACCGACUACCAUUCGUCUCGCUCGGUGAAUGUGCGCAAGUACCGCAUGGACGAGCAGGAGGACAGGCCGGUAGCUAGCCAGGUGGACCAGCUUCAGCAGCAGCAGCGGUUUGCGCGCAGGGGCAGCACGGCGAGCAACCAGUCGGCCGGCUACGAGCCCCGAGCCCUCCGCGAGAGCUUGUCCCCAGGCUCCACUGGCGCCCUCAGCAGUGCACGCUUGAUUCCGGGCGACGCGUCCCGCAAGUCACCCGCCCCGCAGCGCUUGUAUCCAUCGCAGCGAGUGGAGUUUGGCUACUCCAGCCCCGUAAGGGCCAUUCUGGCGCAGUCGCCCGAGCGGGACGAGAUUGCCGACAUUAUUGCUGACAUGAGCAAGACCCGCAUGGGGCCAGGCGAGGACAAUGAGAACGGCGACAAGCGAGCAGGCAGCGUUUAUUUGCAGCUUGGCGAUGACAUGAAGCGCGCGAAGCUGGUCGAGAAGCAGCCGUCCAUGACGACGCUCAUGAACCUGUUUAUCGAAAAGUACCAGGGCCGCUUGGCUGAGGACCCCAAGGCUCUGCCCUCGAUAUAUGUCAAGGACGCGAAAACCGGCAUUUUCUACGAACUCGAGGACACGCGCGACGUUGUCGAUGGGUCGGUGCUCAGCUGGCGGACGCAACCGCUCGUCGACGCCGCUCGCUCUGUGGGAUCGCCCUUGCAGGCAGCUGACCGAUCGCCUGACAUUGCACCUGCGGAAGCGAGUGGAAAGGAGUUGCGAACGCAGCAGGAACUCGAUAGCCUUGCAUCCAUUGUCAAGGCGCUCUCUGAGACCGUGUCGCAGCUCCCAGGGCAGCUGCGCGAUGAGAUAAGGGCGGCGUCCGCAGACUACAAAAAGCACACAGACGAAGUCCUCAGUGCAGCGGUCAAGGCGCAAGCAGCUGUCAACAGGACCAGCGCAGCCUUUGUCAGCCCUGCACCCGCCAUUGCGAUGGACUUUGAUGAUACAGAGGCGACCCGGCCGGGGCUUUUGCGCAGCGCCAGCCUGCCAGCCGUGCACAUGGCAGAGAUGGACGAGCUGAGGGACAAACUGCGGAGGGCCGAGCAGACGCUGGCCAUCGAGCGCCAGGCGCACAGAGAGGCUGAGACGCGCGCGAGCGAGGAUAAGGAGGCCAUGUCGGCGGAGCUGGCCAAGCUCAAGAGCGACGUUUCCCGGCACCCGAACCUUCUGCGCGUGCGCAUUGAGGAGGGCAAGGCGAUGCUGAAGAGCGAGUACCGGUUGCUUAAUGUGCGCUUUGAGGACCUGGAUGCAAUGAUCCAGGGGAUGCGCAAGGACGUGGCCCAGCGUGGCUCUAUCCCCUCGACGCUCAUUAUGAAGAAUGCCAAUGCCGAGCGCAAGGGCAUUGAGUCUGGCACGCGCAAGCUUAUCAAGUUUAUCAAUGAGACUCGGUCGGAUUGGAAGCGCACGUGGGAGGAGGAGCUCCAGAAUAUCUUGAAGGAGCAAAGCUUUGUCAAGGACGUUGAGCAGAUGCUGGGUGAGCUCGCCGACGACAACAAUAUUUUAGGGGAUGUCCUUAAUAAGCUCGAUAAGAUCAUUGACCUGAAGCUCGAGGAGCGGGCGAAGGGCGAUUAUGCCAGCAAUGCUGCUGCCAAGUUCAUUGACGUAGUCUCUGCCGACGAGGCCGUGGAUGCGAAAAAGGACUUUUUGAUGCAGAUUUCCUGCGUUGACAUUGACCAUGCGCGGAGGCUGGAGGCCCUGGAGGCCGCGGAGAAGCUGCGCCAGCAGGAAUUGGCAUUUAAAGUCAACGAGUUUGAUGAGGAGCUGUCGGAGUUUGUCACUUUGCUCAAGCUUCGUAAGACUGGCGGUACUGAGGAGUUGGAGCGCAGGAGGGCGGAGAAGGAUGUUGAGGUCAUGAAGGAAAUGCUCAAGAGUGUGGAGGAGGCUGAGCAGGCACGCCGGGCGAAACUUGCCCAGCGCAAGCAAGGCAAGAAGUAAGAAUAUCAUUUUAAAAAUAUACACGAAGCAAGAAGCAUAAACUAAUUGAAUAAAGUAAUGGUUAAUAAUUUAGCAUGAAAAGAUAAAACAAUUACCAAAUCCGACACAUUCAUAACGUUGGGGAAUAAAAAAGGUGGAGGAGUACAAGAUAUUGUGUAUUUAUAUUCCCCAAAGUACAUCUUUAAAAAAGGCAAUAUGUUAUCAAAAGUUGAAUAUUGGUGUAGAUGUGUUGCUGUUGGGAAAGAUAGAAAUAGC